AUGUCCCUUUUUGGGAGAAGAUCCGGUAGAGAUGAUCCUGGCGCUUUAAGAGAGACUCCUUCAGGUAAGAGUGAGGUCCUCUCCUCAUUGCAUCAUUUGGGAGCUCGGUUGCCGGAAGAGGAUGUGGCCUCAGUCAAGGAAGAAGCCAAGGAGUUGUCGCGGCAGCUAUCUGAAGAGAAAAGUAAGAGGGCGGCCCAAGGGAUGGAGCUGCGCGAUCUUCAGGCCAAGGUCAAGGCGAUUGAGGGCACGGUGGAAACUUUCUCGUCAGAGGCUUUAGCGCUGAGUCGUAAGAACAAGGAAUUGGAAGAGGCUUUGGAGAAGCUAAGAGCUGAGGCGAAGAUCUCGGAGAACGUGCAAGUGAUGGCUGUGAAUGGGGUGAAGAUCACAUCUCGAUGGGAGGUAAUUCAAGAUUGGCUCGGCGGACGGGCCCACAGCUGGGAUUUGGCCAGGGAGUUCGAUCUGUACAAGGUCGUGGUUCUUGCCGAGGCAAAGUUCAAAGGCGUUGAUCCUCCCUCUUUUGUAGAUAAGCCAGUCAUCCCUCCGUCUUCUGGCUCUGGCGGAUCAUGA